CGUCACACGCAUGCGCAAACUUCCAGGCUUUCGUCAUACGGAAGUAAACAUGCUCGAUCGAAAGUACGCUGCUCGCGUCUGGAAGCCUGCGGAGUAAAAGGGGGCAAACUUUCAUAAAAGCGUUGAGUGACAAUUAAAUUCCGAUACACAUUCUGACAGUUUCGGGAUGAACACCACGUUGAAGCACUGGAAGGAGGCGGCCACCCUUAUUUUAGCCGCAGGUCACAAGCUCGGUGCGGACGGUGUAGCGUCAAGGACACCGCUGACAGCCGCUCCAGCUUCCCCGCUGACCGGCGCUCACGGACGGCCACACCUGCCGCACGAGUCCUGCUUCGACUACGACGUGUUACUCCUUAAACGAAGCAGUACAAGUACAUUCAUGCCCAAUGCGUAUGUGUUUCCCGGCGGCUUGGUGCACUCGUCGGACUUUUCGAGCGAAUGGCUGGACGUUUUCAAGUCUUUCGGCAAGUCCCCACAUUUUGGUUUGAGAGGUGUCACCCAGCCGGGAGACACCAGGCCCCCGUUGUUCGCCACGGACCGACUGAAACUGGGCUCCCCUAUUCCCGGAGAGGUCGCUUUCCGGAUCUGCGCCCUGCGGGAGACGUUUGAGGAGUGCGGUGUGCUCCUGUUUGUGUCAAAACAGGAGGAGAAACAUCUAUUAAAAAGCAUAGAGAGCAGCAGUACCCCUGGUCUAGAAGGUCCACUGCAUGACAACGUCAACGAGCUGUGCAGUCGCGAGCUCAGCAAGUGGAGGGAUCUGGUUAACCAGAACCCCUCUAACUUCAUCCUGAUGUGCAGAGAGUUGGAUGUGCUGCCCAACAUCUGGGCUUUACAAGAGUGGGGCAACUGGCUGACUCCCGAGGGCCGAUAUGGGGUGAGAAGGUUUGACACCGCUUUCUUCAUCUGCUGCCUGCAGGAGAUCCCACCGGCACUCCAAGAUGACAAAGAAAUAGUGUCCAUUAAGUGGUCCACACCCUCAGAGGUUCUCCGGAGCUACCAGGCACAGGAGUUUUGGAUCGCCCCUCCACAGGUCUAUGAGAUCAGUCGCAUGUGCCGCAUACCUUUGCUGAAUGACCUCCACACCUUCUCCUGCCGGCGGGCCACAGAGGGCUGCGAACAGCUGCUGCCUGUCCUCUCCUUAAAAGAUGAACAGCACACAGUACUGCUGCCAGGGGACAGUUGCUACCCGUCGGCCACCUCAGGGGAAGCUGCGCUGGGUACGAGCUCAGACCCCGAGCUGGACGAUCCUCAGGAGGAACAUUCGGCACUGCACCGCAUUGUGACAGUCGAUCCGUACACGAUAACUCUACAGAUCACCAUCACUCCCAAGUACAAUCACCUGCUACCCGUCUCAGGGCAGACCUUCCCGUAUGACUCAAAAAGUAAGCUUUGACACGCCGGUUUGAUGAGACCUUGUCUUUGUACAUUGAAGCAAGACUGCUUUUUCCUCACAUCAGGUGGGCCCUUUACACAGAGACAUGUUGCCUUGGCACAGACGGAAAAGCACAGAUUUUACUAACAGAACAAAGCUCAGUUCUGUUAGAUGUCCCCCGGCAUUGUUUUUGUAGUACUACUGUUUCUAAAUCCUGGUGUGUCGAGGCUUCAAGCCGGGGCAGUGUGACACGUGCACACUGCUGGGAACCUGAAACUGAAACGGCUUAAUGUAAUUACGCCGCGGUUGAUUUUAAUAUUAACACCUCUUGCGUUUGCUACUGUCAAAACGCCUUAGUAAAAAGGUUUAUUGAGCGCCUGUCAAUGACGAGCUUAGACUCUUUUUUUGCAGACUGAAAAAUAGCAUAAUGACAGUUGUGCUAUUUUUUUUAUCUCAUGAGACUUUUCUAUUCAUUGUCAUCAGAUCGAGAGACAAAUAAGUCAUUAACGAAUAAGAAGUAAUUUCUUAUGGGCUUAUUAUACAAAGACUUUACUCUGUUACUAAUUUCCCAUAAAUUGAAGACGCCACUUCAGGAGAAUUAUGAGACUUUAAAUGGUUCAAGCUUCACUUGUUGUAGUGGAAGCCCUGUUUGUUUGAUCGCCCGAGCUAAUUCCUUAUAAAUCCAAAGUAUUUGAGAUUGUGCCCAAAACUACAAACAACAACACUAGCUGAGAGAUAUGAACAAAAUCUUCCAUCCCAAUAAUGGUCAUUUUAUUUCUUGGUGAUACUCAUUACUGCAUUUUUCUGGUAAUUUAAUAUAACAAUGGUGAUAUGAUGGUUUUAGUGUGUUGAAUUAAACUGUUGAUAACCCAGAAAAAUG